GACAGUUAUAAGUUUUGACAUCUAUGCUAUAACAUAACCUAAAAACCAAAACUAGUGUAUAAAAAUAUCUCAUUUUAAAUAUUAUCUACCUUAAUUAAAUAUAUAUUAUUUUCAUAGUUAAAGUAACUUACAUUUUUGUUUAAAAUAAAAUGUUAACCAGAGUUCAGUUCAGGCGAAAUUUUAGACUUAUCACCAGAUGUUUAUCUGAUAAACCUUCGGAUGGCGAGGAGAAGACGCCAGAAAUAAAAGUAAAACCGGAGAAAAAAACGGAUUCAAGUAAAGAAAAAAUUCAGGAACUGCUAAAAUUAAUGAUGACUGAGCCUAAAAUAUCUGAGAGCGAGUAUAGAGAGAAGUUCGCUACAGCGCCAGAUGUGUUGGGUAAACGGAAACAGAAAGCCGAUGUAAUAGAAGCGAAAACAGAGAAGAUAGAGGAGAGCAUUACUAAAGCAGCAUCAGAAGUGGCUCAAGCAAUCGGUGGUGAUGUUAAGCAAACUGAAGCAGAAUUAUUGUCAAAAGUUCUUGGAAAAAUCAACCAAUCAUCAACUACACUUAGUGAUUUGUUAAUUGGCAUGAAAGUGGACCGCUCAAGAGACAGUGAUGAGACUCUUCAGUCAGAAACAAGAGGACAGCAAGUUAAACGUCUUGUUGAUAAAACAAGACAGAGCAUACAAAAAACCAGAUUCACACAACGUAAAGAAAAACCUACCUCAACCCAAAUAACUAAAAAGAGCUUACCUCAGGUUAAUAAAAUAGAUAUAUUUAGUGGUGAGCCACUUGGUAUCUUUAGAGCUAAAGAAUCUAACUUUGGCACUAAGUUGGAAGUGUGGGACAAAUUAAAAGAACGUGAGCUGACUUUGGCGACAACACAGCCACCAGCCAACUAUUUCCAAAAGAUGAUAUUAUGGACAGAACAAGGCAAAAUCUGGAAGUUCCCUAUAAACAAUGAACAAGGUAUGGAGGAAGAACAAAACAUUCACUUCUCAGAGCAUGUCUUCCUUGAUACUCAUCUCGAAGGUUGGUGCCCCAAGAAGGGCCCCAUCAGACAUUUCAUGGAGCUGGUGUGUGUAGGGCUUUCCAAAAAUGCUUUCUACACCGUACAAGAGAAGAAAGAUCACAUAAUGUGGUACAAAGAAUACUUUGAAUCCAAGAAGGAUAUUCUAACAGAAGUUGGUGUGUGGGAAUCGCAAUCAAAGAAUGCUGAAACAACUUCUGUAUAGUAGUUAUUUAAAGAGUAUAUUAUAUAACAAUUGUUUCAAUAUACGAAGUUAGUCAAGUUAUAAACGGAUUUUAAUUUUAA